UUAUUCUUCUACUCUCCUUCCCUUCCCUUCCCAUUCUCUCUCUCUCCCCUCAUUCUCUCUCUCUCUCUUCAUUCCAUUGUAUGUAUGUCUCCUUCAUCACCUCUCCAUUGAGCUCUGUUUGGCCGAUCAACAAAAUCUAUAGAAUGGUGACGGAGAAUAUUCGGAAGCUUUACAUGGCCAUCGGCCUACAAAAAUGGCUCUACGGGACUCAAGUCGGCGACUCCAUAUUAAAUCAAAGGCUAGGAGUUGAGCCCAGUGAUGAAAAGCCCAAUGGACUUGGUCUUGCAGAUGCAACCUACAUUUCUUGGCUGGAGGAACACCCUUCUGCACUAACUUCAUUUGUUCCGAUGAUGAGCGAGACGAAAGGGAAGCAAAUAGUCGUGUUCUUGGACUAUGACGGUACUCUUUCACCAAUCGUUAAUGAUCCUGAUCGCGCUUUCAUGUCUGAUCCGAUGCGGUCUGCUGUCCGUGAAGUGGCGAGGCACUUUCCGACUGCUAUAAUAAGUGGUAGGAGCAGAGACAAGGUGUAUGAAUUUGUUAAGUUAGAUGAAGUAUAUUAUGCUGGGAGUCAUGGGAUGGACAUCAUGGGACCUCCUUUGCAUGUUAAGUCUUAUGAUGGCAAGUAUCAGAUAAAUACCCUUGAUGACAAGGGCAAUGAAAUCACAAUUUUCCAACCUGCUAAGGAGUAUCUGCCCACAAUUAAGAUGAUGUUGAAAGAGCUGAGGAAAAGAACAUGUGGGAUACCAGGUACUUUGGUGGAGGACAACAGAUUCUGUAUAUCAGUGCAUUACAGACAUGUCCUGGACCAGGACUACGGAUUGCUUGAAGAGAUAAUACGGGACGUAGUCUCCGAGUACCCUAAUUUCUUCCAUCUAACGCGAGGGAAAAAAGUUAUUGAGAUUCGGCCAUCCAUCAAAUGGAACAAAGGCGAUGCUCUGGUGUAUCUGCUCGACACUCUAGGCUUUUCUGACUCCACCAAUGUUCUCCCUUUUUACCUAGGAGACGACAAAACUGAUGAAGAUGCCUUUAAGGUACUUAGGAGUCGGGGACACGGAUACCCUAUCAUCGUAUCAUCGGUUCCAAGAGAAACCUCGGCUUCAUAUUCUCUACGUGAUCCAUCUGAAGUACUAUCUUUUCUGAUACGUUUAGCCCGCUGGGGCUCAAUGCCCUAAAUACAUAUAUAUCAAGUAGUGUUUGGAAUUUUUGUACAUAAUAUAUAUAUAUAUAUAUAUAUAGUUUUAUGGUUAUAUAAUUAAGAUAUAUAUAUAUAUAGGUUAUAUAUAGGUAUAGAAGGUGAAAGGAAACAUGGAACAGGCUAGUUUUUGGUAGCCAACAUGUAUGUUCCCUGUUUCUUGUUUUAUAUAUAUUGUGGAUUCUGCAUGCAGUUCUCUUGAUCAACUUUUUAAGUAUUUGGAAUAUAAUUCAGUAUUU